UAUAUCUUAUUAUAUAUAUAGACGUUUUAUAGUUGCUUAUAUGUAAAGAAAUCAAAAUCACAACUGUUUCCUUCUCUUUCUCUCGUCUCAUUUUUAAGUCCGCGUGCCGCUCAUUCAUAAUAUCGCGCCACUUUCCACCACCGUGACGCGGUGCUCUGACGCGUCGGUCGUAGCAGCGGCGGCGGCAACCAAUGGCGUCAGUGUGGGACGAAGACGACGCGCAUGGAGGCCCUCUCGCUCUAGAACGGUCGUCAGUCCGCAUUCAUGAUGUUGGACCGUGCGCCAAUCGCGGAGACGUACAACGCUGUGCAUCACGGGUCUCGAGAUGGUGAUGAGAUGCGACAAAGAUUAUAAAAACGCGCAAGAAGACACCGUUUGACAAGCUACUGGCUGAAAAUGUCGAACAAUGUCAUUCCGACUUCGGAGCCGGCGGCAACUUCCUCCGACUCGAUCGCGAGUGCCGCAGCGGUGGAUCGAUCAUCACCGCAGAGAGAACCGGAAACCAAACGACCACCCUCGCCGUUAUUGCGUUCGUUACCAUCGUCGGUCCGAAGACCGAUCAUCUCGAGGGGACGGCCCGUUCACAUGUUGUCGAAGGAGCAGAUGAAGGCGCAGCCGAUCAAGUACGUGCGCUACCUCAAGAACGUCAAUUGGGACGAGGUCUCGAAAGAUCCGGGGGAGGCAAAGAUCGUCUGGGAAGUAGCGAUGGAAGAGCUAAAGGCGGACUACGACAAGAUAAAGAAUCUACAGGCGCACGUUCGCCAGCUUAGCGUAACCAUUCAGAAGUUCAAGAACGCAUUGAAGGCGCGACAGAGGAGAGCGAUCUUUGCUAAUGCCUUUCGUUAAGUUUUUACAAGUACAUUUAUACGUUUGUACUUUUGUGUGGGUUUUUUAAAUCUAUAAUUCCUCGUAAGUUUUCCCGGCGAUUAUGUGAAAUCGAUAAAAACUAGAGGUGGGGAUUGAAUUUGUAAGUCCUCGAAACUCGAUUCCGAAUCUUUUUAAGGCCACAAAACUCUCGAAGCUCCAGAGGCUAACGAAAAAAAAAGGAUUAUUUUAUCAAGAACUUCACUUUAUAAUUCACUCUACUGAAGGUAGGAUGUUUGCGAGAGUUUAUCGACCUUCUCAACAUAUGAAUAUAAAAGUUUCUUUAACAAUCUCGACAAUAUCAGCUGAACUAAGGCUGCGGUCAAGCAGUCGCUUCAAAUAUUUCAAAGUAUUCUUCUUUCCCUUUCUUUCAGUAAAAAUGGAAGGAGAAGAGAAACGCUUCGAAGCAUUUGCAGCGGCAGCUUGAGCAACCUAAGAUAGAUUAAAUUUUAUAGCAUUGGCGUCAUUAAAAAGUUUUUUUGCGAAGGUGUCUUAUGUGUUUGCGGAUUGUGUUCGCUUCAGGUUUCAAAUCGCUAAAAUAACGCAAAGUCUCGGAGUUCUCAAAACUCGAAACGUUUUCGAGGACCCGAGGUUUCGAGCGAUCCAUCGCUUCUUCUUCUUCUUCUUCUUAUCCUUAAUGGCUCCUGGAUCCAAGGCGGCUCCAAUAUUGCCACGGCUAACCAAUAGUCGUUCUCUAUCUUGCACUGCUUUUUACCUGCUUGAUCUCAAGGCACUAUCAGUCGCCUCUUACGACACGGAAGGCUAGCCGGAUGAUCUAUUCGCAAGCGGAUCAACACGCCGAACGAUCCAUCGCUAAAUACGAGGGUGGAUUGAAAAGUUUUGAGCCUCAACAUGAAGAUGCCAUUACUUGUCGUCGCCACUUCAGUACUGCGACCAUGGACGUAUCCAGGGGGGAGGGCAGGGGGGGCAGCUGUCCCCCCCUAGACUCAAUGGGAUCCCCAUUGAGAUUACGAAUAAUAUAAUUAAUAGAUUUGCCGAGGACUCCAGAAAAUUAAUUUUUAUAUAAAUAAAAAAUUUGUCUUAUAAGUACGUAGUUUAAUUUAUGCUGCAUAAUUCGCCUACGGGUGAAUCCUGUUCUGCCCCCCCCCCCCUUGAGAAAAGUCUGGAUACGCCCAUGACUGCGACUGUACAUGCUUUGAAGGAUACCUCUGAAAAUUUCAGCCAUUUGGGACUCUCAGUUGUUGUACGAUAGUCGUUUGUGUCAGUGGAUGUCAGUAUUUUCGUAAACAUGGAAAAAUCGAAGAUCGGGCCAAAAUUCACGAUCGUUGCAGUUCGAACUGAUUGACCACCCCCCAUAUUCGCCAGAUCUAGCCCCCCCAUUGGCUUUUUUCCAUUUCCUAAACUGAAAGUCUGACUCGAAGGACAGACAUUUUCAUCGAAAUAGGAGGUCGUUGCAUCCGUAGAUGCCUAUUUUGCAGAGCAAGACGCCAACUAUUAUUUGAACGGGUUAAGUCAGUUUGACCAAAAAAAAAGUUGUUCCUAUGUUAGGCUCAAAUCUUUUCAACCCACCCCUUGUAAAAAACCCUGACGAAUAAUAAUACGCAAAUUCUUUGAAGACACAGUGUUAAUUACUUACUACUAAAAGGGAGUUUACCCUUCUGACGUUAAAAACUUUAAAGCUUCGUAAUAAACUUUGAAACUUCAACUAUAA